AUGAAGCAAGCGGUGCAAAUAUAAAACAGGAACCUCUUAUGUUUGAAAAUGUAUAGAUACAAAGAAGCCAAAAAAUAGCAACAUCGGAACAUUUACUCAUCCGUGCUGCCGGGUCGGAAAAGAAAGCACGAUUUUGGUGGAGAACAUUGAUAAUCAGGUUUAAUCAUCAAAUCUCUGAAAGCCUUUGCUGUUAUAGCUGGUGUGUGAGUGUUACAGUGUCCAGCAACAUGGCCCCCUCCCUGGCCACAGCUUUCUCACGCCGCUGGUGGAUGGCAGUGACAGCGGUGAUUGAGAGUCUGCUCUUCUCUGCUGUACUUCUGGGAUGGGGCUCGUUACUCAUCAUGCUGAAAUCAGAGGGCUUUUACUCCUCCCUCUGCAAAGAACCAGGCAACAUUACGAUGCAGAAUGUGUCUGAGGAGAGUGUAGGAGCCGCAGUAAACCCAGCAAACAAAAGUGAAGAGUUCUUGCAAAUGAAUGGCUGGCCCAUCUGUAAAGAACAGGAUGAAAUGCUGAAUCUGGCGUUCACAAUCGGCUCCUUUCUUCUAAGUGCAAUAACACUGCCGCUGGGGAUCAUCAUGGACAAGUACGGGCCACGCAAACUUCGCCUGCUUGGCAGUGCCAGUUUUGCAGUCUCCUGUAUCCUGAUGGCUUAUGGAGCCAGUAAUCCAAGGAAUCUCUCAGUCCUGAUCUUCUUUGCUCUGGCAUUGAACGGGUUCGGGGGCAUGUGCAUGACCUUCACUUCCCUCACACUUCCCAACAUGUUUGGAGAUCUACGCUCCACUUUCAUCGCACUCAUGAUUGGAUCCUACGCUUCUUCUGCUGUCACUUUUCCAGGAAUUAAGGUGAUCUAUGACCUGGGCGUGGCCUUUAUCACCAUCCUGCUUGUCUGGGCCAGCUGUGCUGGCCUUGUCUUCAUCAACUGCUUCUUUAACUGGCCCCUGGAGCCCUUCCCAGGACCCGAGGACAUGGACUACACUGUGAAGAUCAAGUUCAGCUGGCUGGGCUUUGACCACAAGAUCACAGGCAAGCAGUUUUACAGGCAGGUGACCACUGUGGGCCGCAGACUCAGCGUGGGGAACUCUAUGAAAACCCAACCCAAAAUGCUAGCCACGCAGGAUGGAAACAAGAUCUGCUUGUCCACUGUUGACCUAGAUGUGCAGUGCAAGUCUACAGAGGAGUCCCAGUCAUUCAUGCGUAGUGUCUUCAGCCCUAUCUUCCUGCUCAGCCUCAUCACCAUGUGUGUCACUCAACUGCGCCUCAUCUUCUACAUGGGAGCCAUGAACAGCAUCCUGGAGUCGUUUACGGAUGGAGACCUUAGCACAGUGAGCACAUACACCUCUAUCUUUGGUGUGCUACAGCUGCUGUGCCUCUUGACUGCUCCGGUGAUCGGUUACAUCAUGGACUGGAGAUUAAAAGAGUGUGAGGACAAGAAUGAGAAACAAAUCGCCAAAGACCCCGCCCAGCCAAAGAAGCGUGAUAGGCAGAUCCAGCAGAUCAGCAACGCCACCAGAGCCUUUAUAUUCACAAAUCUGCUGCUAGUGGGCUUUGGAGUUACCUGUCUGAUAGCCAGCCUUCCUCUACAGAUUUUCUCCUUUAUAUUGCACACCAUCGUGAGAGGUUUUAUCCAUUCAGCAGUGGGAGGCCUAUAUGCCGCUGUGUACCCAUCCUCUCAGUUUGGCAGUUUGACAGGACUGCAGUCUUUGAUCAGCGCUCUUUUUGCUCUUCUGCAGCAGCCUCUCUUCAUGGUCAUGAUGGGGCCAUUAAAGGGAGAUCCUCUCUGGGUAAAUGUGGGCCUGCUGGGUCUCAGCAUGCUGGGCUUCUGCCUCCCUGGCUACCUGCUCUAUUUUGCCAAGCAGCUACGCAAGGAAAAACGAGAGCGGGAGGAUGACCCCAAGAUCUAUCUCCAGAUCAACAACGGCAACAAUCAAGAGGCCUUUGUCUGAAAAUGGGCUCGCACAUUGAACCGCAUGAGUCAGGCUGAGAAGCAGGAAGCAAUAGAAAGGAAAGGAGAAAGGAAUGAAAACUGCAACCAGUGUAAUUCAACUAUCCUUUUUUCCUUAUCCAUCUCUACCAGUGCUCCACUACUCUUAUACACACCAACAGAAACACAGACACAUGAGCAAAGCAGCAAAUACAGUUGAAAGUGACAGUGUGCCACCUAAAAAAAAGUUUACACACUCUGUAAUCUCAGUACCAGAUUCUCUGGGUAAACCAACAGCAUCUGGUUACUGAAAAGUAUUUCUUAGCAUCUAGCUACUCCAACUAUCCCCUCUCUCCAGGUUAGCCAAUACUACCUUUGUUUUUAGGUUGAUUAUGAUUACCAUGCAUUUCUUGCCUCAUUUGGCAAGCCUGAUCUAUAUGGCCAGUGUAAAAAUGAAAGGAGGAUUAAUUCCAUAGCGAUGAAACCAAACAAUAUUGUUUUAGCUGGAUUAUUUCCUAGGGAAUGAACACUGAAUCACAAGGCACCACAUGUGAUGCUACCUGCAGUGGCUCUCCUCUCAAACGCGACCACUUAUCAGAGCUCACAGUACUCUUGAAUAUAACUGAUAUGGCCACAUACACACUACCUAUCUGGCUUGACACAUCAAGAGUGUGCAAAGAAAGACGAAAGUAGAGAAGAAACUCCACAAAGACACUAUCUUGACCGGAUUUUUAAAAAUCAUAGUCCUGUUCUUCGUAUUAUGGAUAUAUGGACAUAUAGUAUUAAGACAGUAUGAACUCGUCCAGUUGGACAGCAUGCUCAAACAACAGAAGAGAAAAUGACUGCUACAGGUUUUUUCAGACAUGCAAUAUUGCCACUUAUUAUUACUGUAAUCUCAGUUACGUGACUUGACAUGUAACUGACAUUCUGGUUCCUCCAGUGUUUACAAUGUUCUUAUAGUCACAAAAAAACACAGGUCCUAGCUGAACUCUCCUGCUUUGAGAUAUUUUAUGAAUGCAGACCAGGCCAGAUGCAACAGCAUGCUACACACUAGGAGCGGACAAGAUGAAAAAAAUAUCAUAUUGCGAUAUUUGAAGUCUUUAUUUUCUAUGAUUAUAUUUAGUUUUGCCGAGAUUUUACGAAACAGUAGAGCCAUAUUAUGAAAUAUUCAGAGAUUUACACAAAGGUAUUUAAGUUACAGCAAUAAUAAAGAAGCACAGACUCUUGGCACUGCUCACAGUACUCAUAAAAGUGUAUCAUGAUCUUAAUAUAUCGCAAUAUCGAUAUCAUAUUGCCCAACCUUACUACCCACAGCACAGCAUGGCCAAGAGACUGCAGCUUUUCCUGAAUGGAGCAUAUCUGAGACAUGCUGCAUGUACUUACGUAAAAUCAUUUUAAAACACGGCUCUUUAUUUACAAAAAAAUAAGGCUUCUUUUAAAGAUAUUUUAGGAUCAGUUAAAGAUGCAGCAUUUAAUCUCUGAAAAAGUGAUCUGUUUAGAUCUGAUCUGGUAAUUAGCAAUGAAGAAGAAGCAUAGAUUCUCAUGUGAUAUGUAUUGCAAUAUAUAUUUCAGUUUCAGAUUAUCAGAAAGUUUGCAGUUGUAAUAUUAUUAUCGUAAGUCUUGCUUUAUGAGCAACCAUUAGAUAGUAAACAAGGUCUUGGGGGAAAAAAAAAAAAUCACACAUAGUACACCAGACUGAACUUUCACCAGCAAUAAUGUGCGACACCAUACUGAAUAGUUCUUAGACUGUGUGUAUCGUACUGGUUAUCAGUGUGUCAGUGUGUUUUCACCCACCUGCUCCUCCAGUAUUCAAUUACAGUUUGUUGUGUCAUGCUAGAUAAAAUUGUUAUUAUUAGAAAUGUACAUGUUUCAUUUUCGUUUAUUUGGGUGCAAACAAUCAGACCUGAGUAAGUGUUUUACCUGCAAACAUUUGAGUUUAUGGAGAGAGAUAAAAAAUUAGAGACAUUACAGUGUUGCAUACAGAUGAUGGAAUUAGCUUGCUUCUGCUAGUAUUGUGAGUGGAUGUGUGCUGUAAUCCUUUUCCAUACACAGCCAGCUAGGACUAGCCAGAGCGUUGCGUUGGCAGUCAGUCAUCUUUGUGCUCAAGGGUGUUGGGUGUUGUCCUGUUACUGUGUUUACCUAAAUGAUCCUAAACGGAAUAGAACAGGAAUACUGUUUUCAUGAUAAAGGAGUAUUAUUCCUUUAGAGUAUCUUACAAACGUAGGGUACCAUCACUUCUUUUAGUCACCUCGUGGCUAAAGGGAUUUUAGCUAAACUUGAAUUUACUUUGAUAAUCAAAAAGGGAGGUGCUUAAAAAAUGAUGCUGUAUCUCUUCUCAAGUCCCACAUUCAUGUAGCUAAAAUAAGGCUGAGGUGCAAGGGAUUUAGUCGCUCUCAGUGUUCUCAUUUCAGACUAUUUACCUCAACAGUUUACAUGGCCACUUUCAUGACGACAUGUAUUGAAAUGAACAUCCUGUCGACUGCUAGGCAUGAGAUAGUCAACACUCUCCCCAGACCCUGUGUAUUGAUUCAACAUGUGAGGUGAACGUCACAGAGAAACAUCUCUGCUGCCUUAGUGAUUGAGUGCUGUGGUUAAAAAGUGGCACUACUCUGCACUUUGAGCUUUCGCAAGGAUGUUAAAUCAGUGAAAAAAUAAAAUUGUCCUUGCUGUGCAUAUAAACAGAUGACAGCUUGAGGUUUCAACUUGACUGUUCAACUGAACAGUCUUUGUAUUCUACCAAAGCUAGGUCAAACACAGCUUCAAUGAUUUUUUUUUUCUUUCCCUCAGAGAUGUUUCACGGUGACUUUGGUAGAAUGACUAUGAGCUGUGUGAAGAAACAGGUUAAAUCUUUCUCACACCCUAGUGUUUGUUUCUCUCCAGAGGAACAUGUACUAAAGAAGGAGAUUAUCUGUGUAUAGAGCGCACAUGUAUGUGUCCUGGUUGGACGGGUUUUACAGACUUAAAUUUAGAUAUUUGUUUAGAUAUAAUUGAUGGGAUUUCACAUCAAUGCAGUACUGUAAUACAGCACAAUGAAUGUGGGAAUACAACUUUCAUACCCCCCCCUUCUCCACCUCCACUCACCAACACACACACACACACACACACAAAAUGCACUUUUUUCACUGCCAUACCUUAAUUGUUCAUCCUUAUAAUGCAAAUGUGUACAUGUAGGGUUUUACACGUUUGAUCGUUCCUGCUUAUUCUGACUGAUCACCGAUGGAAGCAGAUAAAGGACAGAUGAAUUGGGGAUUCUGAAGUGUGGAAAGUAAUAUCAGCUGAAACACCAAUGUUUUUCCUCAACUUUGUAUUUUGUACUCCAUUAAAUUGUAGCCUUCUUUAUUA